AUGGUCACACUUGAAAAGACAAACAGCGAAGAAGAGGAGCAAGAUGAGGGGCAUUUUGAUUUGCAUACUCUGUGUUCUAUGUUCAAGAGACUGUGUAUGAUGAAUUAUUCCAGCGUGGCUGUGAGGUCAGAGCUGGACGUCUAUGAAGACCUGUGGGAGACGAACAAAGACAUUGCAACGAGGACCCUCAAUUCAGACUUCCUAAAGUUAAUGCAGCAUGGCAGCCUCAAGGCAGAGCGUUACAUCAACUUUACCCUGCAAGACAUCAACUAUGUGCUGAAGGUGACUCAGAUGUUGAAGACAAUGAGUGAAAAGGUGAAGGUGCCUGAGGACCUGAGCAGCUUCCUGCAGGGCAGAUACAAAAGCUAUAAGAGCUUUGCAGACUCUCUCCUCAAUCAAUACUUUCUCAAGGAUGUGCCAGCCAUCAAGCCCACUCCAGCCAUGGCACAGUACCUGUCUGAUUACAGAAACACAAUGAAAAAGGAUCCUAUUUACUUUGCUGUGGCCCUCCUGCCCUGCUCUCGGCUUUGGGUUUGGCUGGCCCAAAAAGCAGCCAUAGAGCCUAACAACGCAUAUUACAGCUGGAAAAAGGACAACAUGUAUGGUCACCCUGAGAAGCACUAUAAAGCCCUGCUGAACAAGUACCUAGACACACAUGAGAAAGUGACAGAAGCCAACAAGAUCUUCCGUAAGCAGAUGGGAAAUGAGUAUAACUUCUUUGCCUCUUCAUGA